AUGUCAACGAAUUUGGAAGAAUGGUUUAAAGAUCAUAUCAAAGAACCUAUUCUCACCCAGCUUGAAGAAUUUCAGGAGAAAGAUUCUGGGAGUUCCUUCAUUCCACUUCCAAAGUUUAUAGAAAAGAAAAAGGCAUGUGUUAAUAUUCGUAAUAAUGAUAAUCAGUGUUUCAAGUAUGCUAUACUUUCAGCAUUGCAUCCUAGUGAAACUAAUCCCAAUAGAGUUAAUCAAUAUCGUAUGUAUGAGAACGAGCUGAACUUUGGUGAUAUAGAAUUUCCAGUCAAACUUAAAGAUUAUAAUGAAAAGUUUGAAGUAUCGCCAUGCCAUAUUACAAAAGAAAAGAAAGAAAAACAUGUAAAUCUACUCCUCAUUCAAGAUUUUUACAUAGAUGAAAAUGAAGAAAAUAAUCAUGAUGUUGGCGGAAGCCUGCCUAAAUACCACUACGUUUGGAUUAAGUAUCUGUCUCGAAUUUUAAGCUCUCAAUUAAGCAAAUCUCAUGUAAAAUCAUACCACUGCGAAAGGUGUUUACAAAUUUUUUACUUUUUAUCUGUUUAUAAAUCAUACAGACAAAAAAAUGAAGAUGAAGAGACACCGGCAAAAUGGUUUGUUCGAGAAUUGAAAGGAAUUAGUGAAAAGAUUGAUCUACUCUACAAAAAUCCAAAACCAAUGAGACUUACAGAUCUAGAAGAAUUAUCUUUUCGGGGGUCAACUGUUUGUCAUAUAUGUCGAAAGCCUAUUAAAAAUGAUGAACUCGCAGUACGAGACCAUUGUCAUCUAACAGGACGUUUCAGAGGGGCAGCUCACAAUUCAUGCAAUUUAAAUUACAAGGAUUCGAGGUUUGUGCCGGUUAUCUUUCAUAACCUCAAUUAUGACACACACUUCAUUUUGAAAGAGAUUGCUACUUCUACAAUAAUGACUGGACGAGUAUCUCUGAUACCUCACAACAAAGAAAAAUAUAUUUCAUUUACGAAGUUUAUAGAUGACUGUGACAUCAGUUUUAGAUUUAUUGAUUCAUGGCGUUUUUUACCAUCAUCGUUGGAAAAGCUUGCAUCAUAUUUGGAAACAGUGCCGAUAGCAGUAAAUGAGUUCAAAACUGAUGGAUUUACAGAUGAGCAAAUCAAUCUUCUGAGACGAAAAGGUGUAUUUCCAUAUGAUUUCGUAGAUGGAUUGGACAAGUUGAUGACUACAAAACUGCCAGAAAAGAAUGAGUUUUACAAUAAACUAACAGAUUCUCACAUUAUUGAUGAAGACUAUCAUCAUGCUGUUACAGUGUGGAAUAUGUUUUCUACAAGAACUUUGGGUGAAUAUUCUGAUUUGUACUUGAAAACAGAUGUUUUAUUAUUAGCUGACGUCUUUGAAAGUUUUCGAGAGACAUCACUGAAAGCGUAUAGUUUAUGUCCUACACACUUUUACACGACUCCAGGUCUCACAUUUUCAGCAGCUCUAAAAAUGACAAAAGUGGAAUUGGAGCUUCUCACAGAUAUAGAUAUGCUGAUGUUUAUUGAAGCAGGCAUUCGAGGAGGAAUAAGUCAAUGUUGCAAUCGGUAUGCUAAGGCAAACAAUCCCUACAUGGGAUCAUCAUAUGAUAAGAAGCAGAAAACGAAGACGCUCUUAUAUUUUGAUAUUAAUAAUCUUUAUGGAUGGGCCAUGGUGCAGUAUUUACCAGUGGGAAAAUUCAAAUGGAUUGAAUAUGAAACAAAUUCAAAUUUUUUCAAUGCACCACCAGACUCUGAUACAGGCUACUUUGCAGGUACUAGAUAAUGGACUUCGACUUAAAAAAGUGCAUAGGAUUCUGAGUUUUGAGCAGAAGCCUUGGCUCAAACCAUAUGUUGAAUUUAAUACAGAGAAGAGAAAGCAGGCCAAGAAUGAGUUUGAGAAGCUUUUCUACAAGUUAUUAAUUAAUGCAGUAUAUGGUAAGUGCAUCGAGCGAGAACGAUCUCGCGUUGAUGUGCGAUUAGUGAAUAAAUUUACUGGUCGAUAUGGAGCAGAAGCACGUAUAGCUCAACCAAAUUUUCAUAGUUGUGCUAUCUUUGAUGAAAAUUUGGUUGCUAUACAGCUAAAGAGAACAAGUAUUACAAUUAAAAAACCAAUAUACGUUGGUCUCAGCAUUCUCGAUAUGUCUAAAACAUUGUUAUACGAUUUUCAUUAUUCGUAUAUGAAGCGGCGACUUGGGGAAAAAUGUAAACUCCUUUACACCGACACAGAUAGUCUAAUAUAUGAAGUUGAUGACGUGGAUAUGUAUAAAAUAAUGAAAGAAGACUUGCACAAAUUUGAUACUUCUGAUUACAAAGAGAACAAUCAAUUUGGAAUUCCACGUGUCAAUAAAAAAGUGCCUGGAUUAAUGAAAGAUGAAUGCAAUGGCAAGAUUAUGACAGAAUUUAUUGGUUUACGUAGCAAAAUGUAUAGUAUUUUGAUAGAUGGAUCUGAGACUGUGAAAAAAGCCAAAGGCAUAAAGUCAAGUGUUGUGAAGAAAACAAUCACGUUCGAAGAUUAUCGAAAAUGUCUUGAAGAACAAAUUAUUGUUAAACGUGAGCAGUGCAACAUUCGCUCUAAAUUACACAUAGUGCAUACUGAAAAACAGAACAAAAUAGCACUAAGUCCGCAUGAUGAUAAAAGAUACUUAUUACCUCAUAGCACAGACACUUUGCCUUGGGGUCAUUACCGAAUUAUUGAGGAGCAGAUGGCACUGGCUGUAAGUCAAAUGGAGGAGGAUGAAAAAAUGGCUGAUACAAGAGGAGAAAGAGUGGGGGAGAUGGAAUUGGAGAAGGGGUAUGAAGCGACCAAUACUAAAGAAGAAAGCGAGAGAGCAAUGGAGAGGGGGAGCGAAUUGUCCAAUGAAAACAGUGCAGCACGAGUGGGGAUGACACUUUAUGGCGAUACAGGCGAACAAAUCUUUAUAGAAUACGAUGUUUGUGAGGAGCUAAUGCACGAAUGGAAUCCAUCGAUGGAGGGGGCAUCUUCCAAUAGAAGAGAUAUUCUACAAGAGGCUAUGGAAGGGGCAGACAUCGUGGUGGGGAAUGGGCUAUAUGAACCGACGCACCACGGUGAAAAGCACAUUCGAGCAGUCGAGCUUGAAAAUUACCUACCUUUGGAGAAGAAACCAAGACUCACUUAACAUUUUCAAAAUGGAUCUAUCUGCACUUAACAAAAUUGCUGAGCGCGAGUUCUUGCCUAAGAAGAAAGUCACGGACUUAGAAAAAGAUCAUGAGUACAUGGUGACUGCACUCAAGGAGGUGAAGACUAGAUUCGGCACGAAGAUCGUGGCUGAGAUUGAUGACAGCUUUCAAAUAUUUCUGCCAGAAAAGAUCUCAUCAGCAAUCUUGAAAGAUCAAGAACUUUUCAAUAAUCUUUCAAACACAGCAAAUAAACUUAGU